UAUCACAAUUUACAUCCACGUGUGUUGCUUGCUUCAAUUUUAUUUCUUUUGUUGUGUUCUGUGUUUGAGUCUGGUUUCUAAUUUCGGUUUAGUUUGUUUGAAAAGAUAACAAUAAUCAAUAUUGACAUGAGAGAUUUGUUUGUCUUCUUCUUUGCGAAAUGCUUCCGAUGACUUCAUAGUUUACAUUUGUUGGUAGUAUUCUCUUUCAGAUGGACAUGCGCGUAGUGGGUUAUAGAUUAAAAUUUUCAACCCCUUUCUAACACCCUCACAUUUCGCGUGUACAAGGUCAGUAGCAAAGGAAACCUCGCUUGUUCCGGUUGUAUUCUUGCGGUUGUGACAAUUGAAACUAUUUCUGCCUUCAAAAAUCAACAAAAAAUUACAUACAUUGUUUCUUCCCCAGAAUGUUUCUGUAAACACACCUAUUGACUUGAACCCCUUUCAUUCAUUAAUAGUAUUGUUUGAUAAAUGCUUUAAAAAUAAUGUCGUCUUGCAUGAAUAGUGAAACAAUUGAUGGAAUGAUUAGAUCUUCGGCAUCGAGGUUCUAUCAGGUUGGGUCUUUACCGGGUUCUCCCUCAGUUUAUGGCAGAUUAAGGGCUUGGCUCAGUCAAGAGCCCUGGGUAGGAGAUUCGGUUGAAGUGUCAGUUACUGAUAAAACUGGAGAAAAAGUUACUAUUAGGAAGGUUGAAAAUGUCCGCCUACUAGAUAAGUACAAUAGUCGGAAGUUUUCACAAGGCAAUCUGUACCUUACUGCUACACAUCUCAUAUUUGUCGAUCCUGAUAAUAAGAAGGAAACAUGGGUGCUGUAUAUGCAUAUAGCUAGUGUGGAGAAAUUGGCACUGACCACUACAGGCUGUCCCCUACAGUUGAGAUGUAAAACUUUUCUGUCUGUCACUUUCGUAGUACCAAAGGAGAGAGAUUGUCAUGAAAUAUUCACAACCCUUCAGAAGCUUUCACAACCAGUUCACAUAGAAGACUUGUACUGUUUCUACUACACUAGCAGUACUGAAGACAUUCCAAAGACGGCUGGCUGGAACUUUUUCGAUCUGCAAUCAGAAUUCCAGAGAAUGAAAGUGCCCAAUGAGCAAUGGAGUCUAACGCUUUUAAAUGAGAAAUACGAGAUCUGUGAUACUUAUCCUAGAUACCUGUACGUACCAGCUUCAGCGCAAACCAAUAUCCUAAUCGGUAGUUCAAAGUUUCGUAGUAAAGGACGGUUACCAGUUCUAACUUAUCUUCAUAGGAAUAAGGCAGCUAUUAGUCGAUGCAGUCAGCCGCUGUCUGGCUUCAGUGCCCGUUGCUUGGAGGAUGAGCAGAUGUUGAAUUGUGUGCUGCAGGCUAAUCCUGGGCCUGGCUAUAUGUAUGUCGUCGACACUAGGCAUAAGAUAAAUGCUAUGGCGAAUAGAGCAGCUGGAAAGGGAUACGAGAAUGAGAAUUUCUAUGAGAAUAUCAAGUUUCAUUUUCUAGGAAUAGAUAACAUACACUGGAUGAGAACUAGUCUCAACAAACUAAUAGACACAUGCGAGUCGAAAGCACCGUCGAUGAGCAGUUUCCUUAAUGGUCUGGAGUCGAGCUGGUGGCUGCGGCACAUGAAGGCCAUCCUGGACACGUCGUGGUUCAUAGCGCAGGCCAUUGACGCAGGCAUCAGCACCCUGGUGCACUGCUCUGACGGGUGGGACCGAACUGCGCAGGUCUGCUCCUUAUCAUCGCUGCUGCUCGACAGCUAUUACCGCACCAUACAGGGCUAUCAGGCGCUGAUCGAAAAAGACUGGCUAGCAUUCGGACACAAGUUCAGCGAGCGGUGCGCGCACAUAGCCGGUGACCCCAAGGAGGUGUCACCUGUCUUCACGCAGUUCAUAGAAUGCACGUGGCAGCUCACGCACCAAUUCCCGCGCGCAUUCCAGUUCAACGAACGAUUUCUGCUGACGCUGCACGACCACCUCAACUCAUGCCAGUAUGGCACCUUCAUCGGCAACUGCGAGAAGGAUCGGGUGGAUCUCAGAUUGAACGAAAGAACGUACUCGUUAUGGGGCUACAUGGCGAAUCAUAUGAACGAAUACAUGAAUCCACUGUACGACUCCUCCUUCGCACCACAAACUCUCAAGCCUUGUCUAGCUCCGCAAAGUUUCAAGUUUUGGAGAGGAAUGUACUGUCGAUUUGAAAGUGGUGUCCACCCGAGAGAAAAUCUUGGAGAUCUACUAUUGGCUACUUGUGAUCACAGUGCUUCUCUCGAAGAUCAUAUAAAACUUCUUCAAAAGAGAAUAUCAACGAUCAAACAGAAAAUAUCAGAUUGCAGCGAUAAAGUAAAGUCGGAAAUUCUCGAUAAACCAAAAGAAACAAUCUCGCAUCCUCUUGACAAUAAACUAUUCUACAAUAAGGCUGAAGAACUGGCUCGCUAUUCAACUAUUGAAGACGCAAUUGAAGGCUGCACAGAGUUGAAGCAAGCCUGUGAACUGGUAGAUAAUGCUCUUGUAGUGGGCAGCACGGAUGAGACGAAGCUGAUUGGCGGUGACAUGCAGGCAUCGAUGGAGCAGCUGGCAAGUGAACUGGGUUCGGUGGCCUUGGACUGGAAGACACUGCGCAAUGUCAAGGAGUGCGUCUGCUCCACACCUUUCGACUCUUUCUCCAGAAAGUACCACUGUUGGAAAUGCGGCGACGUGUUCUGUUCGCGCUGCAUCGACCGACACACAGCGCUGCCAGGCCACCUUAGCCAGCGGGCCGUACCCGUGUGUCGACCGUGCCACCGGCUGCUCACAGUGGCAGGAGACAGUGGCAUGCCACCGUUGUCGCCUUAGCUGAUGGUGCGUCGAUGGAAGCCUGUCGUGGUGCCCACCAUGUCGCAUGCCUGUCGCCGUGCCACUCAGACGCAGUCGCAUGCCGCGGCCGCCAAUAGACGCUUCUCGUUCGUCAGGUCACUUAGGGUCAAGAGCAUUCUCAAGUAGACUGUCGACGUGCCACUGAGACACAGUCGCAUGCCAACUCGUGCGUUAGGUUCUAGAGCAUUUUCAAGUAGGUGCAGUUGGGUUCAGAGCUACUUCAAACUGUCCUCAUUGAAUUCAAUUGAUUUGCUGUCUUUAUCUUAAUCCUAGAGGGAUUAUGAUAUUAUAAUGAAUAAUAAAAUAAAAUUAUAUAGGAAAGAUAGCAUAAGAAGUUGAAAGCAUACAUAAAUUUGAAUUGUUUAGAAGGUUCAUAACUGGAACUCAUUAAGUUGUAUUAAAGUGAAUUUUGUAUCAGGCUUUCUCUCAAACUUCAUUUUAUCAUAGAGAAAAAAUAGCAUAAGAAGAUAUCCUAUGGUAUAGGGCGUUUAUGUUCCAAAUUGAAAUUUUAACUCAUCCGUUAGUCCUAGUAGUUCUUGUUUGUGAAGCUAUGUGACGCUGGCCGUCUCUCAUACUACUGUUUCGUUCUUACACUCUCACCCGGUCAAAAAAGAAGUAAUAUACAAUAGUCGACAGUUAUCGGCUUGAGUUGAAAAAAAUCGGGGAACAUAAACGGCCUAUAACAAGGGAUAUCUUCUUAUGCUACCUUUUCUACAUGAUAAUAUCCAUUAAUGUUAUUUGUUAGUAAUGUUGACAGUCGGAAGUGAUUACACUAUAGAGUGGUUGGUGCUCACAGAUAAAUAUCUCAAUCCGAAUUUUUUCUCCUGAACCUCGAUAAUCCGUCGAGUAAUGGCCGAACAUCUCGAUAAAGCGAGACCAGACCAUCAAAAAGAUGUCUGAUUAUCAAAAUUUUAAUUAAAAUAUUCACAUUAAUUUUAAGAAUAAAAAGGAGAAGGAGACGAAGGGGAAUAAUAGUGGAAUAAUAAGAAAAAUAAAGAGAAAAGAAGAGGAAGAAGGAGGAGGAGGAGAAGAAAAAGAAGGAGUGGUGGAGGAGGAGAAGAAGAAGAGGAUAAAGAAGAAGGAGAAGGUGAUGAUGAUGAAUUUUUGGUAUGGUCGGAUUAACCGGAGCUAAAUUACUCAGUUUCUACUGUUAUUACCUCUUGCUCAGUUUGUUAUUGAUUGAACUUGAAAUUCGAAUUUGAAAUAUUGAUUCUAACUUUACAAAUUCGUAAAAAAGAACAGGCUUAAAGGUACGAUUUAGUUUCUGCGACUGCGGUUGACGAUCGAGAAUGAAUACCAUUGAUUCUCAUGGCAGUCUCUACUGAUUCUCACUCUGACAAUGCGUGAACACUCAUAAGAACUAAAUAAUUUAUUAUUUCUGGAACGUCGGCCGCUGUAGAUACAUUCGUCUGAACCUUGUACUUUGCAAUUAUUCAACAUGAAUUACUAUGUUUGAGUCAAAUUCUGUGAUAAAAGUUGUGUAACCCCGCUUUUUUCAACAAGAAAGAGUAGACAAUUUCUGAGCACCCUUCUUCUAUGAACCCUCCCAUCUCUCAGCAAAUGGCUUACUGAUGUAGGAAAACUAAAUAGACAUUGAUGAGAAACUAGCUGUUAGUUGUAAACAUACAGAGCGACUAGGACUGACGAAAGAAUAGCAUUGGCAAUAGUGGGACUAUCUAGAAUACUCUCACAAUUACUUUCAUACAAUCAUAUUAUAUGCUAAUAAACAAAAUAACCAAUUAUAUCUACCACAAUAUUAGCCUACACUCAAAACCGUACUACAUAGAGAUAAAAUAAGAACAUAAUAUAUACAAAAUAAGAGACUAGUCAAGAAAUUGUUCCACUUAAUGUGUUGAUGUGAAUAAAUCAAUUUGAUUUGAUUUGAUUUCUUUCCAUUUAAGAGUAGGUACACUGGGAUGAAUUGAGAUUCGAUUCAGAUUUGUCUGCAUUCCUGACAAUUAUGAUUAUUUCAAUGUUUCCCAUUCAACCAAUGCCUACUAUUGAAUUCCAAUAAUUAUACCAGCACCAAUGCACUUUGAAGACUCAGUGGUUACGAAAGCUUUGUCUACCUUCAAUUCUAAGUAAACUCUCAGUACCAAUAGAACGAUCAAUAUCGUAGACAAACUAUUUUUGCUGUGAUAUUCUUCAGUCAGUCCCAGUUCAAUUAAAUAGGUAUACUUUAAAAAUAAUUUAUGAUAAUAUAUUACAAUAUCGAUAUUUAUUUUCAACAGACAUUAAUUAUUUGUAAAACUAUAUUUUUGUCAUGACUACAAAUAUAAUUGUCUACUAUAUUUUAAAAUGUGAUUGUGUAUUGUGAUUUUUGUCGUCAGUUGAUGUGAAUUUGAAUUUAAAACCAUGUGAUUUGUAAGGAAGUGAAUUUGAAACUCUGUGCUUUAUCUUAAUUCUUCAUUAAUUAUUUCUCAAUAGAUGGAUAUACUGUGAUUAACUUUUUUUAAGAAUUGAAGUGAACGUUUAAUUACUAAAAAUGCAUUUCGAAUGAUCACAAAUGAAGUUGUGUGAAGUUCUCUAGAGAAUUAUAAAUAGACCUAUCUUGAAAUUACAUCCUAUUGUAAAGACAUCACAUUAUCAAUUUUAUCUCAUUUAUUUUAUAUUUAUUGUUGAAAUAUAUUAAAACUUUAUCACACGAAUUAUAUAAUUAUCACAGCCCACAUGCUAUAGGCUAUAUUAUAUUACCUGUAGAUAUUAUGAAGAUCUUCUUUUGUAUUAUAGACAAUAUUGUAUUCGCAUAAUAUGUAAAAAUUGAUUGUUGGAGAUUGUAUUUUUUCAAUUGAACAAAAACAUUUAUUGGCAAUAUUGUUGUGAUUUCUAUUGUUAAUGAAAUUAAGUCGUUGAUUAUUAUUGUAAUAUUGAUGUCUGCAACUUUGAUACAGGAAUAUAUAUUUAUGAUUAGUGCAAUACACAUUAUCCGAUUUUAACUAUAAAGUAUUAAUAACUUGCGUUCACUGUAAAUGAAUGUUUGUACAAUCUACAGCUCUUUUAUUUUCUACUAUGUUCUAUCACCACUGUAUGAAUUAAAAAACUACAUCAAUUUAAUCCA